AAUUUGCACAUCUGCAGGGAACGGUUAUUUGUUAGUUGACAAAAGUUCUAGAAAAAUAAGAAACAUGGACCCGGAUUCAAGAAGAAAGUUAAAUUUACAGGGAGUGCUAAAAUAUGCAGUUGAGAACACUCCAACCAACAGCUGUGAUUCACCUCAAAACCAACAGUUUGAAUCAGAUUCUGAGAGAAAUCUGUUUUUACAAAAAGCCCUGAAAGCGAUGACAACGGAUGUAACCAAGGAUUUGAAAACGGCCUUAGCUAUCUUGGAUAGCAAUUCUACUGAUUUAGAUGAAAAAAUUGAAAGCUUAGAGAUUAUUCGUGAUCAAAUCGAUGAUAUUGAUUUGGCGAACUCCUUUGUGAAAUUGGGCGGCACUCAUACUCUUCUUCGGUUUAUUAAAGAAUCUGAUAACAAGAUGAAAUCACUAGCCAUAUCAAUUGUGGCAGAAAUGGCCCAAAACAAUCCAUUUUGCCAGGACACGUUUCUAAAGGAAAACUAUUUGCCAUAUCUUGUCGCAUAUAUGAAGAAUGCGGAUAAUAAUAUUGCCAAACGAUCUAUAUAUGCCGUAUCCUCAUUAAUUCGCAAUUUCAAUCCUGGCCUUAAUCAAUUCAUUCGAAUAAAUGGAAUAAACACCCUGUUAUCCUGCUUACGGUCUACAGAAAAUGAUGUCUAUAUAAAAGCGGCAUUCCUUAUAGGAUCUUUAUCGUUGGCUGAAAAAUCUAUAAGAGAAGUCUUUGUUAAACAACAUACGGUUCCAGUACUAUUGGAAAAUCUAAAGUUCAUCAACGAAUUCGAUGCAAAACAAGAAACAACACUUUUUGCACUAUCUGCCCUUUCUGUAGACUGCAAAUGGAGCCUGCCAUUGGAAAAGCGCUUGCAAUCUGAAGCUAUUCUAAAGGAAAUAAAGACCAAAAAUGUGUCCUUAGACACUUGCCAAGACAUUGUUAACAGUGCAACAAACAUUCUGGAAAAUCAAUUUAAAUCAAUAGCGAAAAGUAAAUAAAAUGUUUUAUG